AUGUCUUCUCCAUCAAGCCCUGGAAAUGGACCCAACAACUUUACUUCCUCCUCAGCUGUCCUUCCACCAACCGGGAGCAAAGAACACACCAGUUCUCCCUGCUCUUCCAUUGGACACAGUUCUGGUUUCAAGGGAGCUGGUUACUUUAGCAGCAGAAGUCUGUGUGGCCUCAGCUCCAAUGGAUCUAGAACCGCAAGUAGUGGCUACCAUCUUGCUAGAUACGGAUAUGGCCAUCAGGGAAUUGGUGCAGGAUACGGCCACUCUGGCACUGGAUAUAGUUAUAGUGGCUCCUUUGGGUUUAGGCCAGCGGGGGCUAGUGGAACCGGCACUCCUUUCAUCACACCUGUCACUUGCAAUGAAGCUCUACUGCAACCUCUGAAUCUAGAAAUCAACUCAUCAGCCCAAGCAGUGAAGUGCCAGGAGAAGAAUGAACUCCAAUGCCUGAACAGCAAGUUUGCCUGUUUCAUUGACAAGGUUCGGUACCUAGAGCAGCACAACAUGAUGAUGAAGACCAAGUGGGACUUCUUGAAAGAAAAGAAGCGCCAGAAAAGCAACAUGGAGCACCUCUUUAAUGAAUACAUCAGCAGGCUGAGGAAGGAACUGGAGUGCCUGGAAUGGGAGAGGAAUCAGCUGCGGGCAGAAAUGAACAACUGGCGAGAAACUAUGGAAGGCAGCAAGAAGAGGUUUGAAGAAGAAUGCAGCAGAAGAGCCUGUGCUGAAAAUGAGUAUGUGGCACUUAAAAAGAAAGUGGACUGUGUCUUUAUGAACAAAUCAGAGAAAGAAGCCAAGGUGGAGACCUUGAUGCAAGACAUUUGCUUUUACAGAACCACCUUUGAUGAGGAAAUAUGUGAAUUGCAGUCAUGCAUCUCAGACACCUGCGUGACCGUGAAAAUGAACAAUAGUCGAGGCCUAGAUGUGGCGUGCAUCGUUGAAGAGUUCCGGCGUCGGUAUGAAGACAUUGCCUCUCGGAGCCGAGCUGAGGCUGAGACUUGGUGCCAGAGCCAGUAUCAGGAGCUGAGGACAACAGCUGCCAAACACUGCGACAAUCUACGUGAUGUCAAGGACGAACUUAGUGAACUGACCCGAGUGGUUCACAGACUGCAGGCAGAAAUCACUAAUAUAAAAACCCAGCGCUGCAAACUGGAAGAGGAGGUGGCUUCCGCUGAAGAGCGUGGGGAGAUCGCUCUGAAGGAUGCCAAAUGCAAACUGGCUGACCUGGAGGAUGCCCUGCACAAGGCCAAGCAGGAUAUGGCCUGCCAGCUGCGGGAAUAUCAGGAGCUGAUGAGCCUCAAGUUGGCCCUGGAUAUUGAGAUCGCCACCUACAGGAAACUGCUGGAAGGAGAAGAGUGCAGGAUGGGUGAUGGAGAAUGUGCUGUGAAUAUCUCUGUGCAAAGGAGUCAGGGUGCUGUUGUAUGCAGUGCUGGUCACAGCUGUGGGCCAGGGAGAGGUGGAGUCAUUCUGACCAACGGAAAAGACACCGGCAGCCCUGCAGGAUUCAAAAGAGGCAUUGUGGCAGGCUGCGUUCCUUGUGCAGAGCUGGGCCCCCCGCAUGGAGACAUGUGUGGCCCUCCUCCUCCUCCUCAUGCCUUCAGCGUCAAAAGUGGGAAGGGUCCCAAUGUUAGGUUUAUACCUGCAGCUCCUCCCUGUGGAUCAAGAGGCUAA